AUGAGUCUCAAAAGAAAAUUGAGACACAUUCUCGUCCUUUGUCUCCAAAUCUUAGCUCUGCAAACCUUGCCCAGUGCAGACUCCAAGACCUCCAACUCAAGUGGUCACCAAGUUUUACUCCACUCGGACGUUAAUCCACUAAAUUCCAGUGCACCGAAGCCUCUCACGAAGGAAUUGUCCAUUAUCCAAGAAGCGACAAGUGUUUUCCUAUCAAGGACGGAUUUAAUAUCGCAGGGCUACCCAGUAUUCACGCAACGGGUGAAAAGGAACUCUUCCGGAAAAUAUUUUACAAUUUACACGUCAGAAAAGGAUCCCAAACUCAGUUUCGAGUCAAAGUCAAACGACGACGGUCAGACUGUCGUGGUUCUCACGGACGUCAUCAUUGACGACCUGGAUGAAGACGUGGUUCGUAAUUGUUCCCUCAUUUUGAUUCAAUGUGUCAAGUGUAAGGACAAGUACACAGCCCAUUUGGCGUACAUACGAACUUCAAAGUUUGUGGAGGGCGUUGUGGUGGAAUGGGAUACGUUGAAUUCGCUGGAAGUCUCGACGACGACUGAGCUCGACUUUUUGGCCGCUUUCACCCCCUCCGACUACCAGCUGCAGAUUUCCUUUCGUCCAGUGCCAAAAUAUGCGAAUGCAACGCUGUCCCGAGUGGGGAAAGCAACCACAACCACCACGCCCAGAGGGGGAGCUCAUGCCGCAGCAAAAAAGGGGCGAGCCAUGUCAGCGGCCUCUGGCAGUUCAGCUGGUGACUUCAAACCCGCCUAUCCUAAACCAACUACGACUAAACCCGCCUAUCCUAAACCAACUACGACUAAACCCACCUAUCCUAAACCAACUACGACUAAACCCACCUAUCCUAAACCAACUACGACUAAACCCACCUAUCCUAAACCAACUACGACUAAACCCACCUAUCCUAAACCAACUACGACUAAACCCACCUAUCCUAAACCAACUACGACUAAACCCACCUAUCCUAAACCAACUACGACUAAACCCACCUAUCCUAAACCAACUACGACUAAACCCACCUAUCCUAAACCAACUACGACUAAACCCACCUAUCCUAAACCAACUACGACUAAACCCACCUAUCCUAAACCAACUACGACUAAACCCACCUAUCCUAAACCAACAACUAAGCCUACCACAAUUAAGCCGAAUUCGACGACAGGAAACCCAGGCGUGUUCAACCCUAACUGCAAAAAAUAUUCGGACGGUGUAUAUCGUCCAGUUCCUGACACACAGUGUCUCAAGUACUUCAAAUGCAUAAAGAAGAAAGGGAAAUUGACACCUAAGGUUCUGCUCUGCCCCGAAGGGAGUCACUUUCAUGAUGGGAGAAAGUUGUGCGUCUCCGUGGACAUCAAGAUUGAUUUGAGCACUUGUGAUGAUCCUACCAGAACGACCACCGAGGAGACAGAUCUGUAUUCCACGACAACAGAAAAUCCAGUCACGAUGAUGACUACGUCAGAAAAUGAGCCAACAACGACGGAGUUUGGCCCAACGACAUCUGGAAAGCCAGACGUGUUCAACCCAGACUGCAGGAAAUAUUCAGACGGUGUAUAUCGUCCAAUUCCUCGUACACAGUGUCAAGAAUACUUCAAAUGCAUAAAAAAAUCAGGGCAGUUUAAGGUCGUGACUGGCAAAUGCGACGAAGGGAAAGGUUUCCACAACCGCAAGAAGAAAUGCGUACCAAUUGAUGAGAUACAAGAUUAUGAUACUUGCGACAGUGUAAAACCCAUAACGUUUCCAAGCACCAUCGCACCACCGAUGACUACACCAGCACCAACAUUUGAAUCAACAACGUCAGUCCAAACUUCAUCGUCACCUCCAUUUUACCCGGACUGCAAACAAUUUUCGGAUGGUAAAUAUCGCCCUGUUCCUGGUACAGACUGUCGAAAGUAUUUUAAAUGCGUAAAAAAAUCAGGAAAAUUUCAAGUCAAGUUCUUUGAAUGUGACAAAAAAACGCAUUUUCAUGCUGGAAAGAAGAAGUGUGUACCGAUUAAUGAAACACUGGAUUACGACACAUGUGAACCUCCAUUGACCACUACUCCAAUUAUCGAUUACACUCCAACCCAUGGUACAACAAAUUAUUACCCCAAUACUAGUGAAACAACAGACUCUACGCCCACUGAUCCUACGACAAAUUAUUACGUCACAGAUCCUGCGCCAACUGAGUCGACGACAGAUCCUGCGAUAACUGAGUCGACGACAGAUUAUUACGUCACAGAUCCUGCGAUAACUGAGCCCACGACAGAUUAUUACGUCACAGAUCCUGCGAUAACUGAGCCCACGACAGAUUAUUACGUCACAGAUCCUGCGAUAACUGAGUCGACGACAGAUCCUGCGAUAACUGAGUCGACGACAGAUCCUGCGAUAACUGAGUCGACGACAGAUCCUGCGAUAACUGAGUCGACGACAGAUCCUGCGAUAACUGAGUCGACGACAGAUUAUUACGUCACAGACCCUGCGCCAACUCAGUCGACGACAGAUCCUGCGAUAACUGAGUCGACGACAGAUUAUUACGUCACAGAUCCUGCGAUAACUGAGUCGACGACAGAUUAUUACGUCACAGAUCCUGCGAUAACUGAGUCGACGACAGAUUAUUACGUCACAGAUCCUGCGAUAACUGAGUCGACGACAGAUUAUUACGUCACAGAUCCUGCGAUAACUGAGUCGACGACAGAUUAUUACAUCACAGAUCCUGCGAUAACUGAGUCGACGACAGAUUAUUACGUCACAGACCCUGCGAUAACUGAGCCGACGACAGAUUAUUACGUCACAGAUCCUGCGAUAACUGAGUCGACGACAGAUUAUUACGUCACAGAUCCUGCGAUAACUGAGUCGACGACAGAUUAUUACGUCACAGAUCCUGCGAUAACUGAGUCGACGACAGAUUAUUACAUCACAGAUCCUGCGAUAACUGAGUCGACGACAGAUCCUGCGAUAACUGAGUCGACGACAGAUUAUUACGUCACAGAUCCUGCGAUAACUGAGUCGACGACAGAUCCUGCGAUAACUGAGUCGACGACAGAUCCUGCGAUAACUGAGUCGACGACAGAUCCUGCGAUAACUGAGUCGACGACAGAUUAUUACGUCACAGACCCUGCGCCAACUCAGUCGACGACAGAUCCUGCGAUAACUGAGUCGACGACAGAUUAUUACGUCACAGAUCCUGCGAUAACUGAGUCGACGACAGAUUAUUACGUCACAGAUCCUGCGAUAACUGAGCCGACGACAGAUUAUUACGUCACAGACCCUGCGAUAACUGAGCCGACGACAGAUUAUUACGUCACAGAUCCUGCGAUAACUGAGUCGACGACAGAUUAUUACAUCACAGAUCCUGCGAUAACUGAGUCGACGACAGAUUAUUACGUCACAGACCCUGCGAUAACUGAGCCGACGACAGAUUAUUACGUCACAGAUCCUGCGAUAACUGAGUCGACGACAGAUUAUUACGUCACAGAUCCUGCGAUAACUGAGUCGACGACAGAUUAUUACGUCACAGAUCCUGCGAUAACUGAGUCGACGACAGAUUAUUACAUCACAGAUCCUGCGAUAACUGAGUCGACGACAGAUCCUGCGAUAACUGAGUCGACGACAGAUUAUUACGUCACAGAUCCUGCGAUAACUGAGUCGACGACAGAUCCUGCGAUAACUGAGUCGACGACAGAUCCUGCGAUAACUGAGUCGACGACAGAUCCUGCGAUAACUGAGUCGACGACAGAUCCUGCGAUAACUGAGUCGACGACAGAUUAUUACGUCACAGACCCUGCGCCAACUCAGUCGACGACAGAUCCUGCGAUAACUGAGUCGACGACAGAUUAUUACGUCACAGAUCCUGCGAUAACUGAGUCGACGACAGAUUAUUACGUCACAGAUCCUGCGAUAACUGAGCCGACGACAGAUUAUUACGUCACAGACCCUGCGAUAACUGAGCCGACGACAGAUUAUUACGUCACAGAUCCUGCGAUAACUGAGUCGACGACAGAUUAUUACGUCACAGAUCCUGCGAUAACUGAGUCGACGACAGAUUAUUACGUCACAGAUCCUGCGAUAACUGAGUCGACGACAGAUUAUUACGUCACAGAUCCUGCGAUAACUGAGUCGACGACAGAUUAUUACGUCACAGAUCCUGCGAUAACUGAGUCGACGACAGAUUAUUACGUCACAGAUCCUGCGAUAACUGAGUCGACGACAGAUUAUUACGUCACAGAUCCUGCGAUAACUGAGUCGACGACAGAUUAUUACAUCACAGAUCCUGCGAUAACUGAGUCGACGACAGAUCCUGCGAUAACUGAGUCGACGACAGAUUAUUACGUCACAGACCCUGCGAUAACUGAGCCGACGACAGAUUAUUACGUCACAGAUCCUGUGAUAACUGAGUCGACGACAUAUGAUUACGUCAAAGAUCCUGCGAUAACUGAGUCGACGACAGAUCCUGCGAUAACUGAGUCGACGACAGAUCCUGCGAUAACUGAGUCGACGACAGAUUAUUACGUCACAGACCCUGCGAUAACUGAGCCGACGACAGAUUAUUACGUCACAGAUCCUGUGAUAACUGAGUCGACGACAUAUGAUUACGUCAAAGAUCCUGCGAUAACUGAGUCGACGACAGAUCCUGCGAUAACUGAGUCGACGACAGAUUAUUACGUCACAGACCCUGCGCCAACUCAGUCGACGACAGAUCCUGCGAUAACUGAGUCGACGACAGAUUAUUACGUCACAGAUCCUGCGAUAACUGAGUCGACGACAGAUUAUUACGUCACAGAUCCUGCGAUAACUGAGCCGACGACAGAUUAUUACGUCACAGACCCUGCGAUAACUGAGCCGACGACAGAUUAUUACGUCACAGAUCCUGCGAUAACUGAGUCGACGACAGAUUAUUACGUCACAGAUCCUGCGAUAACUGAGUCGACGACAGAUUAUUACGUCACAGAUCCUGCGAUAACUGAGUCGACGACAGAUUAUUACGUCACAGAUCCUGCGAUAACUGAGUCGACGACAGAUUAUUACGUCACAGAUCCUGCGAUAACUGAGUCGACGACAGAUUAUUACGUCACAGAUCCUGCGAUAACUGAGUCGACGACAGAUUAUUACGUCACAGAUCCUGCGAUAACUGAGUCGACGACAGAUUAUUACGUCACAGAUCCUGCGAUAACUGAGCCGACGACAGAUUAUUACGUCACAGACCCUGCGAUAACUGAGCCGACGACAGAUUAUUACAUUACAGAUCCUAUGUCGACAGAUACCACCACGGAUUAUUAUCCGACGUAUUCUACUUCAGCCGAUUUCACUACGUACUCUACAUCGGAUCGUACGACUAGCAAUGUUACACCCAUCUACACGACAGAAAAAGCAUGGACUGAUGACCCAUAUCCCGAAUCGUACGAACACUACGUGGAACCCAGGGCCCUUGAUGAUUACUUAGACUUUGAUCAUAUUUUGGACAGUUAUGACUACCCGUCCAAUUUAUUGUCUCCCCGUUUCGCUCGUAAGGCGACCAUUGAGACCCCGCUGGCCGCAGCUGUGACUAAACCCCCCAAAACCAAAAAGGACAGCAAGGUAGCAGCGUCAUUGGAAGAGAGUGUGACCGCACGAGGAAUUCGGUCACACUUUCCCUUCCUCAACAGGAGCGACCAGUUCCCGUACGUCGGGAUGCUCAACUGUCCGUGGCAGGGGCAGGAUCUCACCUUAUUCACCUCAACCGGAGUAACCAACGCUGUCAAUUUCUUCAUCCACACGCUGCGAGCCCAAUGUCACCCCACAAUCUACUCCUCCACUCUGCGACUAUUUCAAAGAGAAAUCGUCACCGUUGAUGUGGACAGCAUUACUCAUUUCAGGCUCAAUUUAAAGUCAAAGCUAAUAAAUCAGGCAGUACUGACUCCACAGGAGAAGAAGGACUUUCUUUCCGCCAUAUUUCUAGUGGCGUACUCGCAAGCCUUCACCAAAAGCUGGCUCCUCCUUAAUCACACCUCCCCCACCACGACGCACAGUCUCAGCCCCAGCAUUACCACGCUCACCUCGAUGGUCGUCAAAAUCGUAGGUCUUCUUCGAGUCAAGCAAUUUGAGAAGCACAGGCUAAAAAUAAUGCUCGCGCUGACAUCCAUGCUUCGAGAUUCUGUUCGGCACCUAAAUCUGCAAAGCGAAUGGUUGAAACGACAGUGUGGAACGAGGACAAAGUGUCGUCGCUUAAACAAAGUCAAUCGAAAAAGUACUCGACACUUGGAUAGAAUUUUGGAACAACUUUACCACAUUUCUUCCUCCUGAUUAACCAAAUAUGGACACCAAUCUUUAUUCAAUAUUUUUUUUAAAUGUAUGUACCUCCACAAAAUAUGCAAUAUGAACUACUUAGAACACGUUUUUCACACUGUUUCAUACCUUUUUUAAACCUUAAUUAAAUGUUAGAAUACACUGAAUAUGUAUGCAUAAUAAUACACGAUAAUAUACACAA